CAGAUAGAGAGGGAGCAAAAGCAACGACCCUCUUCGGGAGGUGGGGGGGGCUUAUUAUAACAAAAAUAUACACACGUGUGAACUGUUUAGCGCACGAUAGGUCAUAUGUGGAUAACAGUUAUUUUAGAAAAGCAUACAACCGCGGUUUUACAUUUAAAAUGCCUAUUUUAGUUUUCCUGUUAGACACGUCCGCUUCUAUGAAUCAGCGCACUUAUUUGGGUACGACGUAUCUGGACGUUGCUAAAGGCGCGGUUGAGGUCUUUAUGAAGCUGCGUGCCCGAGACCCGGCUAGUAGAGGCGACAGGUACAUGCUAGUUACAUUCGAUGAUCCACCAUACGGAGUGAAGGCAGGGUGGAAGGAGAACCAUGCUACUUUCAUGUGUGAGCUGAAGAACCUGCAGGCAUCUGGGCUAACGACAUUAGGCCAUGCUCUACGCACAGCCUUUGACCUCCUUAAUCUCAACCGCCUGGUCUCAGGCAUCGACAACUAUGGACAGGGCCGCAACCCCUUCUUCCUCGAGCCAUCUGUGAUCAUUACCAUCACUGAUGGGAACAAACUUACACACAGCUCUGGGGUGCCAGAUGAGCUGCACCUGCCUUUAAAUUCUCCAUUGGCAGGCAGUGAGCUGACCAAAGAGCCCUUUCGCUGGGACCAGCGUCUGUUUGCAUUGGUUCUUAGGCUGCCAGGAGCGGCCACACUUGACACUGAGCAGCUUGGCAGUGUCCCCACAGAUGAGUCUGCCAUUACCCAGAUGUGUGAAGUCACUGGAGGGCGAUCAUACUGUGUGCGGACACAGAGGAUGUUGAACCAGUGUCUGGAGUCUCUUGUCCAAAAAGUUCAAAGUGGUGUUGUCCUUAAUUUUGAGAAGACAGGGCCAGAUCCACCUCUUGUCGGGGAAGAGAGCUCUGUGGAAUCAAGUCGUCCAGUAUCAUCCUUCAGCCCACAGGCAUGGCACAGCUGCCACAAACUCAUCUAUGUACGACCAAACCCCAAGACAGGAGUUCCAGUCGGACAUUGGCCCAUACCAGAGUCCUUCUGGCCUGACCAGAAUUCUCCUACCCUGCCACCUCGUUCUGCACAUCCUGUGGUGCGUUUUUCUUGUGUGGAUUGUGAGCCUAUGGUUAUUGACAAGCUUCCUUUUGACAAGUAUGAACUAGAGCCAUCUCCGCUCACCCAGUUCAUUUUGGAAAGGAAGUCCCCACACAUGUGCUGGCAGGUGUUUGUUAGCAGUAGUACAAAGCAGAAUGACCUUGGGCAACCAUUUGGCUACCUUAAAGCCAGUACCACUCUCACCUGUGUCAACCUGUUUGUCAUGCCUUACAACUAUCCGGUCCUUCUCCCACUCCUUGAUGACUUGUUUAAAGUGCACAAACUAAAACCAAACCUCAAGUGGCGUCAGGCUUUUGAGAUGUACUUGAAGACAAUGCCUCCAUACUACCUCAUGCCUUUAAAAAAGGCACUAAGGAUGAUGGGGGCGCCUAAUCUUAUUGCAGACACCAUGGACUGUGGCCUGAGUUACAGUGUUAUCUCCUAUUUAAAGAAGCUCAGCCAGCAGGCAAAGAUGGAGUCUGAUCGUCUGAUUGUGUCUGUGGGGAAGAAAGCUCCACAAGAAACUGGUAUUAAGGUGAAGAACCACUCCAGCUCUCUCUCUCUGGCCCACCGCCGGGACUUCAAGCAGCUGCUGCAAGGAAUCACCGGGGAGGGGCCUCUCCGCUUGGUGGACAUCAACUUCAAAGAGUUUGCCGGCUUCCAGAUCGCUCUGCUCAACAAGGAUGUAAAACCUCAAGCUUAUCGAAAUGCCUACGACAUCCCAAGACGGAACCUUCUGGAUCAGCUCACUAGAAUGCGCUCCAAUAUACUUCAAACAUCGCAAAAACUCAUCCGAGGGCAAGACGAAGACUAUCUGCACAGUAUUCCAGUGGCUCAGAUGGGAAACUAUCAGGAGUACCUAAAAAUGAUGCCAUCUCCGCUUAGAGAGAUUGACCCAGACCAACCUAAACGCCUGCAUACAUUUGGGAAUCCUUUCAAGCAGGAUAAAAAGGGGAUGAUGAUUGAUGAGGCCGAUGAGUUUGUUGCAGGCCCUCAAAAUAGGAAAAGAGGAAAUUCUGGGGAUUCCAACUUGGGUAUUACAGUGAAGAGAAGGCGAAGUAUGUCCCCGUUACUGCGACGACCACAGACCCCCCUUGGAAGCACAAACAACAUGGUGGUGGGAAAGAGUCCAGUAGCUGUUUCAGGGCAGCAGAACCUCCUAAAAUCCAUCCCACAGCACAAAGGAGUGGAUAUCAACAACAUGGAGAGCCUUGAGACCAAUGGUGACGACAUACUUGGUGCUGAGUCAGGGGAAAUGUGGCCUUCUGAGAUGGACACUGUAACAGAUAACCCAUCUUCUCUAAGUCUAGAGGAGAAGGCUGGGUUAUGUGCAGCAGAUGGGGGAGAGGAUAGCGACAUGAUAGAGGAGAGGAUGGUAACAGAUGGACUAGAUGAGCAGCCAGCAAAGGAGAAACACUACUAUGAGAGACUGAGUCCACAAAGCCAGCUAGAGGACCCCGAAGCCAACCUCUCAGUGCUCGAGACUAUUUAUAUAGCCCCGCUAGAUGGCAGCCAGGCAGAGCUGAGGAGUCGAGUCAUCAAAGAAGUUCGCAAACCCGGAAGAAACUAUGAGGCAAUACAAAGAUUACUGCAGCAGGUGAAAGGGCCAGUUAACGUCCAAAAAUACUUCAUCCAAUAUGCUAUCAGAGAGGCUGUCAGGUUCAAGAAGCGGGUACUGAUCCAGCAGCUGGAGAGGGUCCUCACUGAGCUGGAAGAGAAGCAAACACCAACCUCAGAGCUCCUCAAUGACCAUGGCAGUUAGAAAGGAAGUGAUCUUUGUUUUGUCACUGGACAAAUCAAUGAAGCCCCUUCCUUUUGGACAUCUUUUCUGUUGAUUUUUCUGAUUCGCCACCAUGAAAGGGACAUUGUUGUUAACUUGCCUUGAAAAGAAUAAAAUGUGUACUGAAGGUGAAGAAGGACCCAUGCACUGAUAGCAGGUGCUCCCACUUCCCCUUGUGCUGUUACAGCACAUCCUAUUAGAGGGUCGGGUUUAAUUCAGGAAGACCUACAGGACAAGUCCACUGAAGAUAAUGGACAUAUGCCUUAAACAUUCAUAUGGCUUUAUCUGUGUUGUUAAGGAAACAUAGAUACACACACUCUCAGUUAGAGAGAGGCACAUUAUGCUGUGAGAUCCUUAUGUGGCAGAGCUAGAAGUGGACAGGGUCAUUUUGUUGGUUUUGUUCUGUUAUUACAGCCCUUCUUCAGCUGGUCUGAAAAUGGUUUGUAAAACAGCAGCUAUUCUUUUUUUAAAUGUAAAACACUGGGAUAAAAUAAUCCACAAUAUAGAUGUAUUUUUAUUUUGUUUUGAGGUAAAAACGAACUACAGUUUAGUGUUUUAUAUAUAAAGAGAUUUUGUAUCUAUACUGGAAAAUUCCAAAUUAAAAAAAUGUAUUAGCUGAUUAUUCAAUUGACCGACCAUCAGAAUCCAUGAUAUGUGGUUUUUGGAAAAGUCUCCUUGCAGCCAGUCUAGUCAGUAAAAUACCUAAUAAAUCAGCAUAUUUUUUCAUUUCAAAAUGGUUGAUACUUGGGUGUAUAGUGUGGCAAAAUCUGAAAUGGUGGCCACAUUGUUAUAGCCUCAUGCUAUCUAUCUUGACAUUGCUGAACCCUAAAUACAACUUUGUUGGUCAGUCAAAGGUUCACCUUCACAAAUGUUUGUCAACAUUUAAUUUACAGGCUCUGAAAAUGACAUAUGCCGGUCUUUUUCCAUUUUGCUUUAACACACAUUAUAGUCAAACGUUAUAUGAAUGCAGUAUUUACUUUUGGUAUUUACUAAAAUUUUACCCAUCAAACACAUACAUACACAUACAUCCACACACAGUCCUGAGAAAAUCCCCUCCAAGGACAACAAACACUCCACUGAUUUCCAGAAUAAUGAUCUUACUGGGAGGAAUUUCUGCAUUUGGUCCUCAGUUGACAGUCUCCAGCUGGGAAUCUGCCCUCUGCUGCUUUUUAAAUAAACCUUUGUUGAUUUUGUUCUUAUGACAGAUGUACACUACUUUUUAAUGUUCAUAAAGAUAUAGACUAUUUUUUGUGAAUUUGUUUAUUUCAGAGUAUAAGACAUAUUUUGGAUUAAAUGUUUAAAGCCAAUUUUGUAAGCUGUUAAAAACAUGAAACGAAGGGUUUUGUGAACCUGUUUUUUACAGAACUAAAAAUAAACCUCAGGUAGAAUGUU